AUGGCGGACUGGGCCAUGGGUAGCCCGAACGGACAGGGCGGUGUGGCGCUGGUGCCUGUAACGGAUGGGCCAGGUGGGAUGGCUGGCUGUUUCGGCCCACCAACCUGUGGAGCGAUGCCAGGCAUCUGCAUCAUCGCCGCGGUGUGGUUGCCUGUGCAGCAACAGCCCCAACUCCAGCUGCCACCCCGUGCUUUCCAGGCAGUCAGCGGUACGCCCAAAUCAUCGAACGUGGCAUCGCUUUCCAUUCCGCAUGUCUCUUCGCCGCCUGUCGCACCGCCAGAGCUUGAGGCACCAGGGUUCAAAGAGGUGUCAGCGCCGCCACCUCCGCUACAAGAGCCAUCGCUGCCACUGGAACACGAGGACCAUCUGCCAUCUGUUGGAUCCGUGGGUCAUGCCGAGGGCACUUGUAGGCCAUGUGCCUUCGUCUUCAAGAAGGGUUGUGACAGUGGCAGCCAAUGUACCUUCUGCCAUCUUUGCCCACCAGGUGAAAAGAAAAGACGCAUGAAGGAGAAAAGCACGAAAAAGGCUACGGAGGCACCGCCACCGAAGGGCUUCCGAAGCCCAAAUUGUCAAAAUGUUGAAUGUGUCUUUGGGGCCACCACUUCUUCGGCAGGGAACGAGCACACCGUGAACUCUUCAGAAGAAGGCCUCUGUUGCGCAUGUGAUUCUGGUGGGCACAAUCGACAUAGCAGGGUCUUCGUAUUCAAUUAUGCCAGCAUUAACCAAACAGCGUAUCUAUGGGAGCACAGUGUACCAAACAACAAGCAUGCACGACAGAGCCAGUGCAGCAUGGCGAAACAAUUUUAA